AUGGCGCUGACGGCACGGCGUGGGUCCCGGCCAGAGCUCUGGCUGCUGCUGCUGUGGGCAGCCGCGUGCCUCCCGGGUGCCUCGGCGUGCCCCGCCCUCUGCACCUGCAGCGGCACCACGGUGGACUGCCACGGCACGGGGCUGCAGGCCGUCCCCAAGAACAUCCCGCGGAGCACCGAGCGCCUGGAACUCAAUGGCAACAACAUCACCCGGAUCCACAAGAACGACUUCGCGGGCCUCAAGCAGCUGCGGGUGCUGCAGCUGAUGGAGAACCAGAUCGGAACCGUGGAACGGGGGGCUUUUGAUGACAUGAAGGAGCUGGAGCGGCUUCGGCUGAACCGGAACCAGCUGCACACGCUCCCAGAACUGCUGUUCCAGAAUAACCAGGCUCUGUCGCGACUGGACCUGAGUGAGAACGCCAUCCAGUCCAUCCCCAGGAAAGCUUUCCGGGGCGCCACCGACCUCAAGAAUUUACAGCUGGACAAGAACCAGAUCAGCUGCAUUGAGGAGGGGGCCUUUCGGGCUCUGCGGGGGCUGGAGGUGCUGACCCUGAACAACAACAACAUCACCACCAUUCCCGUGUCCAGCUUCAACCACAUGCCCAAGCUUCGGACCUUCCGCCUGCACUCCAACCACCUGUUCUGUGACUGCCACCUGGCCUGGCUCUCGCAGUGGCUGAGGCAGCGGCCGACCAUCGGGCUGUUCACCCAGUGCGCGGGCCCCGCCAGCCUGCGCGGCCUCAAUGUGGCCGAGGUCCAGAAGAAUGAGUUCAGCUGCUCAGGCCAGGGGGAGGCGGGGCGUGUGCCCACCUGCACCCUCUCCUCCGGCUCCUGCCCGGCCAUGUGCACCUGCAGUAAUGGCAUCGUGGACUGUCGCGGCAAAGGCCUCACCGCCAUCCCUGCCAACCUGCCCGAGACCAUGACAGAGAUCCGCCUGGAGCUCAAUGGCAUCCAGUCCAUCCCCCCGGGAGCCUUCUCUCCCUACAGAAAGCUGCGGAGGAUAGACCUGAGCAACAACCACAUCGCGGAGAUCGCACCCGACGCCUUCCAGGGCCUGCGCUCCCUGAACUCGCUGGUCCUCUAUGGGAACAAGAUCACAGACCUCCCCCGCGGUGUGUUUUCAGGCCUGUACACCCUACAGCUCCUCCUCCUGAAUGCCAACAAGAUCAACUGCAUCCGGCCCGACGCCUUCCAGGAUCUGCAGAGCCUCUCGCUGCUCUCCCUGUAUGACAACAAAAUCCAGAGUCUCGCCAGGGGCACCUUCACCUCGCUGCGGGCCAUCCAGACGCUGCACCUGGCCCAGAACCCUUUCAUCUGCGACUGUAGCCUCAAGUGGCUGGCGGACUUCCUGCGCACCAACCCCAUCGAGACGAGCGGGGCCCGCUGCGCCAGCCCCCGGCGCCUCGCCAACAAGCGCAUUGGGCAGAUCAAGAGCAAGAAGUUCCGGUGCUCAGCCAAAGAGCAAUACUUCAUUCCAGGCACAGAGGACUAUCAGCUCAACAGUGAGUGCAACAGUGACGUCGUCUGUCCCCACAAGUGCCGCUGUGAGGCCAGCAUGGUGGAGUGCUCCAGCCUGAAGCUCACCAAGAUUCCUGAGCGCAUCCCGCAGUCCACAGCCGAGCUACGACUGAACAACAAUGAGAUCGCCAUCCUAGAGGCCACGGGGAUGUUCAAGAAGCUCACACAUCUGAAGAAAAUCAACCUGAGCAACAACAAGGUGUCCGAGAUCGAAGAUGGCGCCUUCGAGGGCGCGGCCUCCGUGAGCGAGCUGCACCUGACAGCCAACCAGCUGGAGUCCAUCCGCAGUGGCAUGUUCCGGGGGCUGGACGGCCUGAGGACCCUGAUGCUGAGGAACAACCGCAUCAGCUGCAUCCACAACGACAGCUUCACGGGCCUGCGCAACGUCCGCCUCCUGUCGCUGUACGACAACCACAUCACCACCAUCGCCCCUGGCGCCUUCGACACCCUGCAGGCCCUGUCCACGCUCAACCUCCUGGCCAACCCCUUCAACUGCGACUGCCAGCUGGCCUGGCUGGGCGACUGGCUGCGCAAGAGGAGGGUGGUGACGGGCAACCCGCGGUGCCAGAACCCGGACUUCCUGCGGCAGAUCCCCCUGCAGGACGUGGCCUUCCCUGACUUCCGGUGCGAGGAAGGCCAGGAGGAGGGGGGCUGCCUGCCCCGCCCGCAGUGCCCCCAGGAGUGCGCCUGCCUGGACACCGUGGUGCGAUGCAGCAACAAGCACCUGCGGGCCCUGCCCAUGGGCAUCCCCAAGAAUGUCACAGAACUCUAUUUGGACGGGAACCAGUUCAUGCAGGUUCCAGGCCAGCUGUCCACCUUCAAGUUCCUGCAGCUUGUGGACCUGAGCAACAACAAGAUCAGUUCCUUGAGCAAUUCCUCCUUCACCAACAUGAGCCAGCUGACCACGCUGAUCCUCAGCUACAACGCCUUGCAGUGCAUCCCUCCGCUGGCCUUCCAGGGCCUCCGCUCCCUGCGCCUGCUGUCCCUCCACGGCAACGACGUCGCCACCCUCCAAGAGGGCACCUUCACGGACGUGACCUCCCUGUCUCACCUGGCCAUUGGUGCCAAUCCCCUGUACUGUGACUGCCACCUCCGUUGGCUCUCCAGCUGGGUGAAGACUGGCUAUAAGGAACCUGGCAUUGCUCGCUGCGCUGGGCCCCCACACAUGGAGGGCAAGCUGCUCCUCACCACGCCCGCCAAGAAGUUUGAAUGCCAAGGUCCCCCAACCCUGGCUGUCCAGGCCAAGUGUGACCCCUGCUUGUCCAGCCCCUGCCAGAACCAGGGCACCUGCCACAAUGAUGUACUUGAGAGGUACAGGUGUACCUGCGCCAGUGGCUAUAAGGGCCGAGACUGUGAGGUGUCCUUGGACAGCUGCUCCAGCAACCCCUGUGGGAACGGCGGCACCUGCCAGGCACAGGAGGGCGAGGAUGCCGGCUUCACGUGCACCUGUCCCACUGGCUUCGAAGGGCCAACCUGUGGGGUAAACUCAGAUGACUGCGUGGAGCACGCCUGUGCUAAUGGGGGUGUCUGUGUGGACGGCGUGGGCAACUAUACCUGCCAGUGCCCGCUGCAGUAUGUGGGAAGGACCUGUGAGCAGCUGGUGGACUUCUGCUCGCCGGGUCUGAACCCGUGUCAGCACGAGGCCCAGUGUGUGGGCACCCCGGAUGGGCCCAGGUGUGAGUGUGCACCGGGUUAUGCAGGUGACAACUGCAGUGAGAACCAGGAUGACUGCAGGGAUCAUCGUUGCCAGAAUGGGGCUCAGUGUGUGGAUGAGGUCAACAGCUACACCUGUGUCUGUGCCGAGGGCUACAGCGGACAGCUCUGCGAGAUCCCGCCCCAACCCCCUGCACCCAGGAGCCCCUGUGAGGGCACCGAGUGCCAGAACGGGGCCAACUGUGUGGACCAGGGCAGCCGGCCCGUGUGCCAGUGCCUGCCGGGCUUCGGCGGCCCUGAGUGUGAGAAGUUGCUCAGCGUCAACUUUGUGGACCGGGACACCUACCUGCAGUUCACCGACCUGCAGAACUGGCCACGCGCCAACAUCACUCUGCAGGUCUCCACAGCAGAGGACAAUGGGAUCCUGCUGUACAACGGGGACAACGACCACAUCGCGGUUGAGCUGUACCAGGGCCAUGUGCGUGUCAGCUAUGACCCGGGCAGCUACCCCAGCUCUGCCAUAUACAGCACCGAGACGAUCAACGAUGGGCAGUUCCACACCGUUGAGCUGGUCACCUUUGACCAGAUGGUGAAUCUCUCCAUUGACGGCGGCAGUCCCAUGACCAUGGAUAACUUCGGCAAGCACUACACGCUCAACAGUGACGCGCCCCUCUAUGUGGGAGGGAUGCCCGUGGAUGUGAACUCGGCCGCCUUCCGCCUGUGGCAGAUCCUCAAUGGCACCAGCUUCCACGGCUGCAUCCGAAACCUGUACAUCAACAACGAGCUGCAGGACUUCACCAAGACACAGAUGAAGCCAGGCGUGGUGCCCGGCUGCGAGCCCUGCCGCAAGCUCUACUGCCUGCACGGCAUCUGCCAGCCCGAUGCCACCCCGGGGCCUGUGUGCCACUGCGAUGCCGGCUGGGGGGGCGUGCACUGCGACCAGCCAGCCGACGGCCCCUGCCUUGGCCACAAGUGUGUCCAUGGAAGAUGUGUGCCCCUCGACGCUCUUUCCUACAGCUGCCAAUGCCAGGAGGGGUACUCGGGGGCCCUGUGCAACCAGGCCGGGGCCCCGGCAGAGCCUUGCGGGGGUCUGCAGUGCCUGCAUGGCCACUGCCAGGCCUCGGCCGCCAAGGGGGCUCACUGUGUGUGUGACCCUGGCUUUUCAGGCGAGCUGUGUGAGCAAGAGUCCGAGUGCCGGGGGGACCCUGUCCGGGACUUUCACCAGGUCCAGAGGGGCUAUGCCAUCUGCCAGACCACGCGCCCCCUGUCGUGGGUGGAGUGCCGGGGCUCGUGCCCGGGCUCGGGCUGCUGCCAGGGCCUGCGGCUGAAGCGGAGGAAGCUCACCUUCGAGUGCAGCGACGGGACCUCUUUUGCCGAGGAGGUGGAGAAGCCCACCAAGUGCGGCUGCGCCCUGUGCGCGUAG